UGUUUCACAAACGCUGCCGCCGGUGGUAGACGUGGUGGUAGUGGUGGAAGCGGUGGAAACGGUGGAAGCGGAAGCGGAGGAUACGACGACGAUCUUGGCACUGGUGGAUGUCCACCUGGACCGCCAGGACCAGAGGGUGGACCUGGUUUGGACGGCGUACCUGGUCACGACGGCAUAGAUGGCUAUCCGGGCGAAGACGCUGACGACUGGCAGAACGCCGCGUUCAUUGGGUGCAUCUACUGUCCUCCGGGCAAAGCGGGCGCGGCGGGGGAACGCGGCAAACCGGGCAUCCGCGGUAUGCGCGGCCCGAGAGGUACGCCGGGGAUGCCCGGCAACGAUGGAUACCCGGGAAGCCCGGGCGAA